CGUUGGCUGGAAUUAAUAGCCUACGUUUCUUCCUCCAGAGAAAGUAAAAAUGCAUCAUAAAUGCCAUGUAUUGUCGUGGUAUUGUUGCGAAAUAUCAGGCAGCCAACAUGACCGGCCAUUAAACUAUGUUUACCUACAUUCGACCUUUCAAAGUAGGCUACGUUCUCUAAACUAGCCUAUAGCCUAGUGAGUAGGCUUGAUGGGAAUCAUGCUUUUCACUCUCUCUCCAUGGUUCUGAUUUCCGGUACAGAUGAAAACGUUCACGGAAGGGCUGCUGUUAAUUCUGAAAUUCCUCGAAACAACAUUUUGAAGCAAGGGCUUUUAGACAAAUCUGUAGCCAAGCCUAACUGUGACAGCGUCACGUUGCAGCAACUGGAAGUAGGCUGCUUUUUAUAGGCAUAUGCCUUAAAUGUAUUGGCCUAAAACGGUUUUAUUAUUAAAAUAGUCUAGGCUAUAUGCUACCCACAUACUUAUUCCAGUAGUUGGUUUUAAUAAUAGGCCUAACAUCUAAGUUGAAUCAAAUGAUAAGCUUUGUAGACUUUUUGACAUAAUUCUAAAUGUGGUAGCUCUCAGUUAAAUAGCCUAACUGUUAACCUAUUCAAUUGCCUCAAACUUCCUGCAAUUAAUUGAGUUUAUUUAGAGGUGGGCUAUCAUGGACAGGUGCGCCUAAUUAGAGCGUGAACUAAGUUUACAUUAUCCUACUCAAGGGUGUUUGAAGUUGACCGUCAGCUAGCUACUAAUUUAUACACUAUUAAAAACAAAACAACUUUUAAAACUCACCGUCGGCCACUAAAAGCAUAUAGGUCUAUUGGAAAUAGUUUUCUAGCUGACGUUAGAUUACGGUUUACUUCUAUACUGAAUCGAAUUUGUUUUUUGGCGGCUGUAGUAAGCUAGAGUAAGGCGUCCGUAAUGUGGCUGCAUGGUCUGUCAUUUUUCUGCUUCGUGGCUCUUUUUUCGCCGGCACCCGCCGGGCUAGUUGUGAAGGUGGGAAAGUGGGAGAGCAAGAAGCAGCCCGACCGCCGCUACCCGGUGAUCGGGCCAAGGAUGAGGGGACACGAACCCAGGACCGCCGCGCCCGCCCUACCGCCCUACCAACUCCCCAUGUUCCGACAUGUGAAAGCUCCAAUUGUAGAUAUGGAGCUGUUCAGACCUGCUAUGGGGUUAGGGCCCUUGCCCAGCGCUGUCAAGAGUCUCUUGCUUCCGCCACAGGACAGCUGGCUGGGCUAUCCGACGGCUCCAGUCAGUAACCCCAGUGGAGUCGAAGUAUGGUGCGGGAAUGGUACGAUUUCUGUGCGGGUGAACAGGAGAAUGCUCGGGUUUUGGUGCCGACCAUCAAUGCUGUUCUUGGAAAAUUGUAAGGCCUAUCGUUUCAACAGAGACUACAUUUACUUUCACAAUUUCCUUGACGAAUGUGGAAUUAGGCCAAGGAUUGUGGAUGGUCAGCUGGUGUACACCAGCAUCCUGCGCUACGUCCCUGAAAGACAGGGGGCGGUGAUCAGGGCCGUGCCCCUCUCCCUCUCCAUUCACUGCGUCUACAACAGGUUUCACUAUACCUACAAGGUUGGCUAUGUUCCUCAUCUGAAAAGCUUUGCAUUCACCAAGACUAUUAGCACGGAGCGGUACUUCAGCCUGGUGCCCUGCAAUGAGCACUGGGAGAGACUGGGCUCCACAGAGAGCUACAUGCUUGGAGCACCCAUGAAUUUUGAAGCCUCCACAACCCGACUUUCCAGAAUGGACCGCGUGUCUGUCACCACCUGUCACAUCACCGUGUCCAAGGACCCCUACUCGGUGCCUCGGAUGGAUGUGAUCGAGAACUUCGGGUGCAUGGUGGACAGCCGUAGAUUUGGGAGCCGGUCAAAGUUCCACAGCUACAUGGCUGGUGUCCUGCGGUUCUCCAUCGACGCCUUCGUGUUCCCAGGAAUCUCGUCCCAGUAUCUGUACCUGCACUGUGAGAUGACCGAAGGGGAUUAUUCUGCAACUCCAACCGCCAAGUCCUGCACCUUCAACAGUAAGAUGCAAAGGUGGGAGGAGUUGUUCGGCUCGGUGUCCGUCUGCACCUGCUGUGACUCCCAGUGCGGUCCCAACCGGAUUCAUGCAGGACACUCCUCCUUGUACCCCUCUCCAAGGUCCCUGAUCACCAGCGACCCGUGGAGCGUUGCCAUGACGAAAGGUGCAGGGGGGGCUCAGCAGGUUGACAGGGGGGAGGCAGACGUGGGACAGGAGGCUAAAGGGGCGGGUCCAGUGACAGAGCCAAUAGACUACGGGGAGGAGGAGUCCGAGGCGGGGUCAAGAGAGACCAAGCAGGGGCCCAGGGACCCUGUGCAAGUUCGAGCGUCUUGGGGAAGGGGGCGGGGACAGGGGUCAGAGGGGCGCUCCAAGGUAGGGGCGCAGGAGGAGCUUUUGAGAGCCGAGGGGGAGCCUGCCUUGUGGCGGGAGGACGACCAAGGACCGGACCUGGACCAGGAAGAGGCGGAGGAAGACGGAGGUUUGCAGGAGGAAGUCGGAGCCGAGGACGGGCCCUCCUCCCGCACGGUAGCUGGGAAGGUUUUGGAGUCCCUCGCCAUAUGAAAAGACACUCACUCCAUUGACUUGAAUGGAUCUUGAUUGAUCUCACCACAAUGGGAAAAUAAAUCUCAGCAAAAGGC